GAAAACAACGUCUCUAUAGAAAUCUCAUUUAGAUUUUUUUCUAGAUUUGUUGUUGAUUUUAGUUUGUUAAUGUUUCUAAUCAAUAUCCGGAGUCCACAUUAGAGUCCCGAGUGGUUAGCUGGUUUGAUUUUAGUUAAAUGAGAAAGAAACAACUUCAAAUAUUAGUCUUUAGUCUAGGUUAGCUGAAUAUAUUUUUGCUUACUUUUUAUAAGUAAGAAGUUUCUUUCUUCUUCCCUUUUGACCACUAAAGUUUUCUCUGUAUUUUAAUGGAAAAGUACUUGUUGGAAAAUCAGCAACAAAUCUCAUUCCUCAAUACUACCACUAUGCGAUGUACCCUUUUGUCCUUGUUUUGAUUGGGCUAUUAUCUUCCACUAAAACGCGUAGAGGUGUGAUCUUUCUAUUCAGUUAACUCUUGUUUCAAUAACUUCACAUCUUAUCAUCCCUUUUACUAUAUUUUGUUCUUUUCUUGACUCAAAGAACCAAUCUUUGAGGAGAGAGCUCCAAGAAACAAGCAUAAUCUUGGCUUUACCUACAUAGUCUUUUAAUCCCUUUUUAGCACUUGAACUUUGGUUUUGUUAUGUUUUGGUAGUAACUUUCAUGCCCAUUCUUUGAUGGUUGUUAAUCUUUUAAUGUUAGUGACCCUGAAAGAGUUUAAGAGAUGUACAUCCCAAUUUUGUGUCCUUUGUUGAAACUUGUCACAUUUCAUUAGAGAAUCUUGACCUUUUUUAGGACUUGAGGUUUAUGGGGGUAUUUUCUGGUCAUUAGUCUGUGUUCUGAAUUCUGUUGAGGACUUGGGGUUUAACUAAGGGGUGGGGGGAGCAGUCUUUUGUCCUUCUUGAUUACCUAAAAAAUUAGAGCUUGAGGUUGGUUUCAAGAUUCAGGAAGGAAGGAUCAUCCAAAGUUUACUUUUGACUUUACCUGUUGCCUGAAAAUGGAAGGCGAUAAAUCGACGGAUCAACAUGUAAUUGCUGCAGCUCAACACCUUGUGAAGGCGUUAAAAGACAGGACAAGCUUGAGCGAUGAAGUUAGAAGAACUCUAGCCGAUCUUGACAUUCAUUUGGCUGCAAUGACUGAAGCAAAAGAGGAUGAGACCACAAGUUUCAAAGAGAUCGAAGGUAGGUUGAAGUCAGCUGAGGCAAAGAUCAUGUCCUUGCAGUCAAAUUGUCUGAAGUUAUGGGAUACUGGUCCUUCUAAUCAACUUCUUGAGUAUCUGCAAAAUGUAGAAGAAGUUCGGAGUAUAAUAGUGAGCUUGGAAAGUAUGGUGCUAAACAAGAACAGGAAACAAAGCAGACUUACUAAUCAAGCUCACAGUGUUUUGCAGAUUGCAAUGGUAAGGCUGCAGGAAGAAGUUAUCAAUAUUCUUGCGCAGAGUAAGCAGUGUUUCGAGCAUGCAUAUGUGUCGUUCCAUUCUUGUGAAGAGACCGUAGUUGAUGAGGAAAUGAUGGUCUCAAUUGAGUAUGACUCAAUUGAGGGAACAUCUUGUCUGGAUAGUAGUAGAGCUGAAUCAGAAGAAUGUAUAAUAAUGGAUUUGGUCCAUCCAGGCGUUGUUCCUUAUAUCAAGUCCAUUGCAGAUCUGAUGUUAGCUUCACAUUAUGUUCAGGAAUUUUGCCAAGUUUUUAUCAGAUUCUGGAAAGAUGCAUUGUAUGAAUACUUGGGGCUUUUCUGUAUGCAACAAAUCAGCAUUGAAGAUGUGCUGAGAAUGGACUGGGCAAGCUUGAAUUGCAGAAUUAAGAAGUGGCGUCAGGCAACGAAGAAUGUCAUUGCAUUCUAUCUCCCUAGUGAGAGAAACCUCUUUGAUCAGAUUCUUGGUGAGUUUGGAUCUGUCAGUUCAACAUGUUUCAUUGAGGUCUCAAAGGAUGCCAUGAUGUGUCUUUUGAAUUUUGGCCAAGCUGUAGCUAUUGGUCCCCUUCUACCAGAACGUCUUUUUUGUUUACUCGACAUGUAUGAGCUUCUUAGAGGUCUUUGUCAAGAUGUGGAUGCUUUGUUUUGUGUAAACCAUGGUAAUUCCAUUCAAGUGGAGUACCAUGAACUCAUGAAAAAUCUUGGAGAUUCUGCAAAGGCAAUCUUUCUGGGGUUGGGGAAUCGAAUUGCUUCAAACACUUCAACAACUCCCUUUCAAGGAGGAGGUGUUCAUCCUCUGACCAAGUAUGUUAUCAAUUAUUUCAUGCUUCUGUCAGAAUAUUAUGUUACCCUGAGGUUCCUUUUAGAGGACAGAGAGGUAGAGAAUUCGGGUGAAGUUGUCGAUACACUGGUCAAGCUCGACAUUUCAUCCGAAAUCCCAUGUCCAUUGGCUUUUCACUUGCAGUCAAUAACAUCCAGGCUCGAAUCCAACCUUGAAGAUAGGUCCAAUUUAUAUAAAGACGAUUCUUUGAAGCACAUCUUUUUGAUGAACAACAUCCAUUACAUGGUCCAGAAAAUCAAGAAUUCCAAACUCAGAACCUGUUUUGGUGAUGAGUGGAUAAAAAUACAUAUUGUAAAAUAUGUGCAGCACGAAAAAAGCUAUGAGAGAAAAACAUGGAAUUCAAUCAUAUCUUUGAUAACCGGUUAUGAGAAGUUAGGGAAGGCAGUUCUGAAGGAGAGGUGCAGAAAUUUCAGUAUUGCUUUUGAGGAAGUGUAUAAAAACCAGACAGGAUGGACUAUUCCAGAUAUUGAUCUUCGAGAUGAUUUGAAUGUUUCAAUCGGAUUAAGGGUCAUUCAUGCCUACCGUACAUUCGCUGGAAAGGUGAGAAAAUCUCUCAGUGAAAAGCACAUCAAAUACACAGAAGAGGACUUGGAGGAGUAUCUCCUGGACUUUUUUCAAGGUUCAGCAAAGUCUCUUAAUCAUCACUGGAGGAGGUGAAAGUUGAAUAACAGUAGUAGUAUAUUUUCCUGCAUUGAGCGUUUCAAUUGUCUUAUCUUUUGUAAUUUAUCAACAUUAGUGUUGUAGUUCCCCCACCCCCACCCUAACACACACCACACAGAUGUAUAGUUGUCCAUAGUUUUCGAGUUCAAUCUAGUAUUGCAACUUUAUGGUAUAUGCAUUCCUUUUCAUCUG